AUGAGUGGAAAAGGCAAAACUGGAAAGGCUCGCUCUAAAGCCAAGACUCGCCCCUCCAGAGCUGAACUGCAGUUCCCCGACGGCCGUGUUCACAGGCUUCUCCGCAAAGGCCACUAUGCCGAGCGUGCCGGUGCUCCGGUGUAUUUGGUCGCUGUGCUCGAGUAUCUCACUGCUGAGAUCCUGGAGUUGGCUGGAAACGCCGCUUGGGACAACAAGAAGACCCGUAUCAUUCCCCGUCACCUGCAGCUGGCGGUGCGCAAUGACGAGGAGCUGAACAAGCUUCUGGGUGGCGUGACCAUCACUCAGGGCAGUGUGCUGCCCAACAUUCAGGCCGUGCUGCUGCCCAAGAAAACCGAGAAACCAGCCAAAACCAAGUAAACUGAGUGAAUUUUCUCUUCAAAC